UAAAAAGUGAACGGUGGCAAUCAAGUAACGAGUUCAUAGUGAUUUAUUCAUCGUCAUUUAAUUGUUUAUUUAAAAUGAAUCUUUCAAUCAAUAUGUUUAAAUGUGAUGUCGUGAUGCUUUUGUUGGCCAUAAUCACAUGCGUGUAUUUUUAUCUCAAGCGAAUUUAUUCAUAUUGGGAUCGUAUGGGAUUCAAAACACUUCCGGGCACCGUUUAUUUAUUUGGCCACAUAAAAUCAAAUUUUAUGGGAAAUGAAAUGAUGGCAAUUAUAGUGAAAAGAUUAUACAAUAAAACCAGUGAACCUUUUAUUGGAUUUUAUGCAUUAAUGCGUCCAAUAUUACUGAUACGUGACCCUGAAUUGAUUCGAAAUAUUUUAGUCAAAGAUUUUUCGUAUUUCCCCGACCGUGGUGUAUACGUUAACGAAAAAUAUGAUCCAUUGUCUGGUCAUUUAGUGGCUAUGGCUGGCGAAAAAUGGAAAGGACUGCGUGCAAAACUCACGCCAACUUUCACGUCUGGAAAAUUGAAAGGAAUGUUUCCAACAUUGGUGGCAUGUGGAUCAAAUUUACAAAAUUAUCUGGAAAAAGUGGCGGAAUCAAGUGAAUUGCUUGAUGUACAAGAAAUUGCAGCCAGUCACGCUACAAAUGUCAUUGCAUCAGUUAGUUUUGGCAUCGAUGUUGACGCAAUUACUGAUCCGAAUACGGAUUUUCGAAAAUACGGUCGAAAAAUGUUUGCUCCAAGUAUCAAAAAUUCACUUCGACUUAUUUUGCUGACGUGUGCACCGAGGUUGAUGAAAUUUUUACAUAUCAAAUGCGUUAGUUCAGAUGUGGAAAAUUUUGUUUUGUCGAUUGUUAAGCAAAAUUUGGAAUAUCGUGAAAUGAAUAAUGUGACACGAAAUGAUUUCUUUCAAUUGCUUAUUCAAUUACGAAACACGGGAUCGGUGGAAUCAGACGGGCAUGACAGUACAAUAAAAUCGAAUGGAAAUCAAAAGACGUUCACCGUGAACGAAAUGGCAGCCCAGUCUUACAUUUUUUUUGCAGCUGGGUUUGAGACAUCGUCAAGCACACUUGCAUUCUGUUUAUAUGAAUUGGCGAGAAAUCCGGAGAUUCAGAACCGUGUUUAUGACGAAAUUAUCCGAGUGCUAGAAGAUCAUGGCGGAGAAAUGACAUACGAUGCGAUAUCGGAUAUGGAAUUUUUGGAUCAGUGCAUUGACGAAUCGCUCCGGUUAUAUCCGAUUGGAGCAUUUUUGCGUCGAAAUUGUGCGAAAAAUUAUAAAAUACCCGGAACAGAUAAAACGCUCGAAAAAGGUGCCGAAAUUUUUAUUCCCGUGUUUGCAUUGCAGCGAGACGAAAAAUAUUAUAAAAAUCCCAUUGAAUUCGAUCCGGACCGAUUCAACAAAGAGAAUUCAGCGACGAAAAAUCAAACAAAACGGCCAUACUAUUCGUUUGGCGAUGGUCCGAGAAAUUGUAUUGGAGUCAGAUUGGGCAAAUUGCAAGUUAAGGUCGGACUAGUUAUGAUGCUGCAACGCUUCAGAUAUGAAUUGCUACAUGAGCAAGAAAGUACACGUGAAAUGGAAUUUGAACCGAGAUCUUUUUUACUUUCGCCACGUGGAGGCAUCAAAUUAUGCGUUUUUAAGCGCUGACUUUUUUAUUGAAGAAAGAUAAGAUUUGUCUGAACAACAUAUUAUUCUCUGAAUGAUGUAAUUCUGCAAUUGUAGCACUUUAUAAAAUUUAGCUCAU